CAUACUAGUCUAGUACAGUCAGUCUCAAGGAAAACCCACCUCUCAAGCCUCAGGAGGCAUUAUUUUCCAGUUAAGACGAGGGUGAUCCUGCACAUGCGUUCUGGCCAUCAUUGAUUUUUCUCAGUUUGACAGUUCACCCGAUGUUUUGAGCUACCACCCGCGUAUAGGAAACAAAGUAAACAAAAAAUAUGGCUUUAGAUUUUUCCGCUACGUAUAAGUUAUUGGUUUUAGGUGAUUCGAAUGUCGGAAAAACGUGUAUCGUGCAUAGAUAUUGUGAUGAACGAUAUUAUGAUAUUUAUAUAUCUACAAUAGGUAUAGAUUUCAAACAAAAAAUUAUAAAUUUGGACGGCGUGCCUAUCAAACUUCAAAUAUGGGACACGGCGGGUCAGGAAAGAUUUCGUACGCUCACUACGGCAUAUUACAGAGGUGCUAUGGGGAUCAUUCUUAUGUACGACAUCACCAACCUUGAGUCUUUUAACCAUCUCUCGUACUGGCUGAGAAAUAUCCAAGAGUAUGCAUCGCCAGACGUAAUAAAGGUUUUAGUGGGCAAUAAAUGUGAUGUGCACGAGAAUCAUCGCGCAGUUCCCAAAGAAAGGGGUCAAAAGAUUGCUGAUGAUUUCGACAUGCCCUUCUUUGAAGUAUCAUGCAAGAGUAAUAUCAAUAUAGAGGAAGCCUUUUUGACUUUAGCCAGGAAAAUACGUGAAUAUCGAGAGACUAAGGCCGACGCUUUCGAGUUAAAGGAACGAGACAACGUUAUAAAGCCAUCUGAAUCCGAAACAGACGUAUCAAAGUGUAGCUGUUAGCCCCACAACACUAUAAAUAAGAACAUCUCUAGGUACUAAUCAAUGCAAUUAUAAUUAAUAGAUAAUACCUACCAUUGACAAUUAUUAACAAGAAGGUGUAUGAAAAUUUUGUAAUGAUACGGCCCCACUAUCGGGAUUCGGCAAAUGAUUCGAGUUUGGGCAUACGCUAGUUUGGCAUUUGGCAAAUCAACUGACCACAUUAUUCGGCACACGGCGAAUGUUCUGUGUAUGGCAAAAUUUUGGCAAAUAAGUUUGGCAAAUCAUCCGGUCGGUAGACGCGACAUUCUGACGCGAAUAGUCUUAUUUGUGCGGAUUUUUUUAUAUUAUUUAUAUCCCGGAAAAACAAAAAGUUCCCGCGGAAUUUGUACAAAGCCUAUUCGCGCCAAUCAUUCAGGUUAGCGCGAAUGUGCGGAAUGAUAGUAAGUAUGAUAGUAGAAUAAGAUUGCCGUCUGCCACACAAUUUGAGAUAUCACGAAUCGUUUGCCAGAUCCCGAUAGUUGAGCCAAACCAUAAGAAAACCUCUUUUGCGUUGCGCGGUUUUUUAAAUAAGCCAGAAGUUGGUGCAAACUGCAAACGAAGAUGGACAAGCGGUGGAGAGUAGAUAUAGAUAUUAGAACAAUUUACCGAAUAAACUCGCAUCAUGAAAAACAAAGAAUUUUUAUAAAGAAAAAAGUUUGGAACUUAGUAGUACCUACCCUUAACUACCCUUAGUAGGUAGGUACUUACCCUAAGGUAAGUUCUUAAUUUUUUUCGUUGCUGUUAAGGAGUGGUGAGACGAAAUCUUAAGGUCUUCGCAAAAUUAUAGACACCAGCUCCACUCCGACUUGGCUCACAGAAUGGCAAAUGUGAUCUUUAUCGUGUUCUUUACUUUAUGUAGCAAGUAAGUAGGUACUUGAAUAUCGUUGAUGUGAUUGUAAGUACAUGAUAUUUAUUUGGGUCGGAAUUUCAAGAUAAAUAAAUACAUUUGUUAGACUUAAUAUAAUCACCAUAAUAAAAACAGAACUAAAUUAAUACUAAUAAUUUUAUUUACUAAAAUAAUUACCAACCGUUUCCGAUUAAAUAAAACUUAAAAAUCUAGGUGUUUAGAGCAGUUUUCGGAUUUUUUUCAAGUGUCAAAAAGCAAAAGUUUCAUAAAGUUUUUGUAUCUACUAAUAUUUUUUUAAGUAGAAAGCUUCCAAAAGUCACAUGCAUAUGUGCCAUCAAAGUUAACUAUAAUUUUGUCCGAAUAUAGGUACGGAAUCAAUUUACACUUGUUAAUCUAAUAAAAAUAUGAAAUACCUUAAUUUAUUUUGAGAUUCCGUCUCCGAAAUAGAGACUGCACCCACGCUUUGUGCAUAGUAAAAAUAUAAUAACUGUGUGCCCUUCGCAUGUUUUAUAAAUCGAUGAUGUUUUACCUAAAACAUUAGUUUCUAGAAGUAGGUUUAAAAAAUAACACUACGAUUGAAAUCAACUGAUGAAAAACGUGGAAGGACUAUUAAUUGGGAAAGGUCUUAGUUCUGAUUCAAAUAAAUUAAAAUUAGUUUUUAUCAAACUUUUUAUUUAUUUAUUUGAGUCAAAUAACUAAAUAAUGAAACCAAAUUUUCAUUACGCGUACUAUAACUUCCUAUAUUUACGUAUGUUGCUUUCAAACUAAGAAACGAAUUUAUUCAAAAGUUUUUAUGCAAAGUGUUUUCCUUGCAAACCAUAAUUUCUCAAGUGGCGGUCAACAGAUAGAUGUCAUUGACUUUCCUAUUCUUUCUUUAGUGCAUUAUACAAUACUGUUUCUUUCAUAAAAUAUGCAUAACAAUUCCAUUAUACUUAAAUUAUAAUUAAUAUUAUGCAGGUAGGUUUAUUUUUAUGUCCUAUUCAAUAUUAUUACUAUUUUACCAAGUUUUUAUACAAAAUAACCUACCUUAUCUUUGAUACCUCUCAAUUAAAAAAAAAUCACAAAAUUAAUAAUUUUAACAUAAAAAAUUAGGUAAUAUUACACUUUUAUUUAUUACCUACGUAAUAAUAAAUAUAAGUACUUCUUAUUUUAUAAACUAAAAUAUAGUUAAGUUGGCCGUAUUCGAAGAUGUUUGAAAUAGGUAGGUACCUACAAU